AUGGAAGAAAGAGAUCUGAGGAAAUUGCUGCAAACCAAAAACGGAUGUCGAAUUCCACCUAUGCUACCUAUUCCAGAUAUUCACCAAGUGGUUAAAUUACCAUUUAUACCCUUGCCACCGUAUAACAGAAUUAAGGAUAAAAAAGAAAAAUUUAGAAAACUUCUAGAGGAGAAGGCCACCGAUCGUAAGAUUAAAAUUGCUAGAGCAUCUAUGCAACGGAGUGAAUUUGAUAGAUUAGAGAUUUCUCAAGAAAGACAUAUAGCCGUGUUACGAGAAUGUGCCGAUAAGAUACAACCACCGCCUAUGCUUAAAUCAUGGGAAAGGAAAAUAGCCAGUCUUAUUCCAGCAAAAUUAAGAAAUGCCAAUCCUUCAUUAACUGAGGAGCUGUUUGAAGAAAGUAAGACCGAAUGGAAUCGUUAUUUACACGAUUUAGCUGUAAAAACUGUUAUUCGAGACGUACCGGGAGUAUCCAGGAAAAGAUAUGAAGAACCGUAUUUCAAAUUUAAAGGAGUGACUUCAAAUUACGAUAAAAUGAUUAAGUUCCGUAAAAAACUUAAAACAGGUUCAUUAUUAUUACACCCAUUUAUUAGACUCGUACUUGAAUCCUCAGAAAAAACCUUUCCUAGAUUUAUUAUUGAUCUAUCAAAAUAUAGAGCUAAAGGACCCAUGGAUUUGGAAGAUUUCAAAACAAAAAUAAUGGAAGAAAUAAAACGAGCUGAUUACUUGGUUUCAAGUACUUGGUUUUCUAUACUCGUUAAAUGGUUAAAAAACCCUAGGUGCUUAAAAGGUAUGCGCCCAAAAAGGAUACCUGAAUUUGUAAAAUGUGCCACAAAAAUGAUAUCAAUGCAAAUACAAGAACUGAUGAGAAGGUCUAUUGACAGAAUCAUAAUUACACUUAAAGAGCUGGAAUCUAUUCCUUUAUUAAAUAUAGCUCUUGAUUUUAAUGGUGAAUUUAUUUAUGAUCCUUCGCUUGAUAAAGUAUAUCAUGUCUACCAUACAAUAGCCGACGCAAUUUCUCACAUUGCUCAAAGACUUAUGCCAAUUGAGCAAUAUCUUAAAAUAAAUUAUACUCACGACGCUCUUCCUGUUAAAUAUAAUGAAUGGCUGUAUAAAGACGGUCACGAGAGAAUGCAACAACAGUUAAAUAUUGUAUUUGCUCCUCUCGUUGAUUAUUUAGAUAAGUUAAGACAAGAUUACCACAUGCUGUACGGAGCUUCUGCCAAAUUCAUUUUAACUAAAUUUAUUGAAGAAGCUAAGGAGUUUGAAGAGUCACGAGAUAAAAUUAAAUAUUUUCAAGCCAUAGAUUCUGAUAUAACAGCUGUUAUAGAAAAUGAAUAUUUUAAUUGUGCAUUAGUUUCCCAAACAAGAAUGAUAAAUGGUUUGAAAGAAAAAGCUUUAGAAUUUAUCAACGAUAUCAUAGCAGGAAUUGUAAGAACGCAUAUUGAGGAAAAUGAAAACAUAUGCAAGGAGUUUGAAAUAAUUGCUGCCAAAGCUUUGAAAGAACCAGAUAAUGCCGCCGAAUUAGUAGAGCAAGGUGUGUAUAUUUUGUACGCCAAAACGGUUUUAGUAGAAGCAUUAAAAGGAAGAAUUCUAAGACAAAUAAAUAUUAUAUCAAAUUUAUUAGAAAUAACGUCUCUUACUCCUGAUCAUAUUGCUUCUAAUACCAGGACAGUAAAUUGGCUUAAAGUAAUUAAGCCGAUAUUUGAUAAAAAUGCUGCUGCGUAUGAAACCUUUAAAGCGGAGAUGGAAGAGAACUUAUUGGCAAAGAUUGCAAAUUUAAAUAAAGAAGUUACGGAAAUGACUCCAUACCUUGAACUUUUGGAUAACAUGGAUGAUAUCAAUCACACACUUGAAUAUUUGGAGUAUUUAAGAAAGUUGGUCCAUCGCCUUGACGACUGUGACAAGUUAGUAACAUGGAUUAAUAACGAAGAAACAACUUUUAAAUUUCCUGUUUCUACGUACCCUGAGUUAGAAGAGCUAAAGGAUUAUAUUAAACCUUUCCACUGUCUCAUUUAUUUAGUUCAUAAGUGGAAACGAAGCUAUUAUACCUGGAUGGACGGUACAUUCGAGUAUUUAGACCAUGAGAAAAUUGAACAGGACCAUGACUAUUACUACAAAGAAUUUUUAAAAUUAUCAAAAGCUUAUAGAAACAAAAUUAAGCAACAAAUAGCUGAAGGUGUAGAAAAACGUUUUAAAGGAUUGGUUGAUGAUCCAGACACGAAUAAUCUACCAGCUCCCAUGAAGCUAUGUGCUCAAGCUGUUGCUGAAAUUAAGGAAUGGCGACCGAAUGUUCAAAUGGCUCACAUAAUGUGUAAUCCUGCGUUAGUACAGAGGCAUUGGGAUGAAAUGUCAAAUAUUGCCGGAUUUGAUUUAACACCUACUGCGGGGACCACACUACGAAAAAUCAUUGAUUUUGAUUUGUGGGCUGAUAUAGAUCAGUAUGAAAUAAUAAGCGUAGCGGCUACUAAGGAAUUAGCACUUAUAACUAAUCUUAAUAAAAUGAUGGCUGAAUGGGUUGAUAUAUGUUUUAAAACUAGUCCGUAUAAAGAUACAGGUAUAUUUAUACUUUCUGGUCUUGAUGACAUACAGAGUGUACUUGAUGAUCACAUUAUUAAGACUAUCGGCAUGCGUGGUUCAGCAUUUGUAAAACCCUUUGAAACCCAAGUCAGGGCAUGGUAUGAAAAAAUUACUCGCGUGAAUGCAAGUAUUGAUGAAUGGGGAAAAGUUCAGAGCCAGUGGCUUUACUUACUACCAAUAUUCUCGUCGAAAGACAUCGUGGCUCAAAUGCCGGAGGAAGGAGUUAUGUUUGUAGAAGUAAACAAUAUUUACCGACGGUAUAUGGGAUCUGUGGAUAAAGAUCCUCAUGUGUUGGAAAUUGCAGGCGGCGCUGGCGUUUUAGAAUCAUUCAAAAUUGCUUCUGGUAUGCUAGAAAAAAUUAAUGAUGGAAUUAAUAAUUAUUUAGAAAAGAAACGGCUGUUCUUUCCCAGAUUUUUCUUUUUAUCAAAUGACGAAAUGUUAGAAAUCUUGUCUGAAACGAAGAACCCCCUUAAAGUGCAGCCGCACUUAAAAAAAUGUUUUGAAGGUAUAAAUAGGUUGGUAUUUGAUCCAGAACAUAACAUAUCUGCAAUGAUAUCAAUGGAAGGUGAGCAAAUCGAAUUCCUAGAAACUAUCAGUGUAGCGGCUGCAAGGGGAUCUGUUGAAAAGUGGCUUGUUCAAGUUGAGGAACAAAUGUUAAAAGCCGUGAAAUCUGAAACAGAGUUAUCUUAUUAUGACUACCCAAACCUUAGCCGAGCUGAUUGGAUAUUGUCUUGGGAAGGUAUGAUAGUCUUAGCAAUUUCUCAAAUUUAUUGGGCUGUGGAUGUUCACGAAUGCUUAAAUACACAUAAGUUAAGUGAAUUGACGUCAUUUCAUGUUGGCUUAACAAAACAGCUAAAUGAAACAGUAGCGAUAAUUCGUAGAACAGACUUAACAAAGCUAAGUAGCAUAACAGUGAAAGCCCUUAUUGUAAUAGAUGUUCAUGCUAAAGAUGUCAUACAAGAACUAAUAGAGAAAAAUGUGACAGAAGUAACAGAUUUCCAAUGGCUGGCUCAGUUGCGAUAUUAUUGGGAAGAGGAAAGAGUUUUUGUUAAAAUUAUCAAUGCUGUUGUCAAUUAUGCUUACGAAUAUUUGGGAAAUUCAGAUCGCUUAGUGAUAACUCCUUUAACAGAUCGUUGCUACCGUACAUUAAUUGGUGCUUAUUACCUCCAUUUGAAUGGUGCUCCUGAGGGGCCGGCUGGUACCGGUAAAACGGAAACUACAAAAGAUUUAGCUAAAGCUCUAGCUGUCCAAUGUGUAGUGUUUAAUUGUUCGGAUGGCUUAGAUUAUAAAGCUAUGGGUAAAUUUUUUAAAGGCUUAGCAUCUUGUGGUGCUUGGGUUUGUUUCGAUGAAUUUAAUCGAAUCGAAGUGGAAGUUUUGUCAGUUAUUGCUCAGCAAAUUCUAUGUAUAGUACAAGCGGUAAGACAACAUGUAGAAACAUUUGAUUUUGAAGGCACGACCUUAACCUUGAACCCAGCAUGUUACGUUUGCAUAACUAUGAACCCGGGUUAUGCGGGACGUUCAGAGCUUCCAGAUAACCUUAAAGUAUUAUUUAGAACAGUUGCUAUGAUGGUACCUGAUUAUGCUAUGAUUGGUGAAAUAUCAUUGUAUUCAUUUGGAUUUAUAGAUGCAAGAAACCUAUCUGUAAAAAUUGUGACCACCUAUCGACUUUGUUCAGAACAAUUAUCUUCGCAAAACCACUAUGAUUACGGUAUGAGAGCGGUUAAAACGGUGUUAUCUGCGGCGGGAAACUUAAAAAGAAGUUUUCCGAAUGAAAGUGAAAGUAUUUUGUUACUAAGAUCAAUAACUGAUGUCAACUUGCCAAAAUUUUUGUCUUUCGAUGUGCCAUUGUUUGAGGGCAUCAUAUCGGAUUUGUUUCCAGGAAUAACAUUACCAAAGCCGGAUUAUGAUAAUUUGUUGAACGCAUGUGAUGUGACAUGUGAAAAGAAUAACUUACAACCUGUAGAAUGUUUUUUAGUUAAAGUAAUUCAAACGUAUGAAAUGAUGAUCGUCAGGCAUGGCUUUAUGUUAGUGGGUGAUCCGUUUUCAGGCAAAUCUAUGACACUAAAAAUAUUAUCUGAAGCUUUAACUCUCAUGGAAGAAAAACAUCAGCCUGGAGGUAUUGAGUGCACAUAUAAAGUUCUAAAUCCAAAAGCAGUUACUAUGGGUCAGUUAUAUGGCGCUUUCGAUCCAAUAUCAUAUGAAUGGACGGAUGGUAUUGUAGCGACUAUGUUUAGAGACUUUGCCUCCGAAGAUACACCUGUAAGAAAAUGGAUUGUGUUUGAUGGACCUGUUGACGCAGUAUGGAUAGAAAAUAUGAACACCGUUCUAGAUGAUAAUAAAAAACUUUGCUUGACAUCUGGAGAGGUAAUGGCUAUGUCAAAUGUGAUGUCAAUGAUUUUUGAAGUCAUGGAUCUUUCACAAGCUUCACCUGCUACUGUUUCAAGAUGUGGCAUGAUAUAUAUGGAAUCCGCAACAUUUGGAUCUAUGCCAUUUUACAAAUCAUGGUUAAAUACACUUAAUCCUAUUUGGUUAGAGGAAAAUGAGGAAUUUAUAUAUGAUAUGUGUUCAUGGCUAAUAGACCCUUUACUAUACUACGUUCGAAAAUAUUGUACACAACUGGUCACGGCUGGUGAAGUAAAUUUAGUUAUAAGUACUCUACGACUAGUAGAAAUGUUAAUGGAAAAUGCUGUUGAAGGGGAAGAAGAUACUAAGUAUACUAGGCCAUGGUUUUUAGCUUCAUUUAUGACGGCUUUGGUUUGGGGCAUUGGUGGAAUAUUAAAUACCGAUUCUCGUGAAAGGUUUGAUGACUUGGUAAAAGAGUAUUUUAAAGGGGAAAAGGGAGUUCCAUCUGAAAUAGAAAAACUUGAUGUAUCUGUACCUGCUGAAGGAUUGAUAAUAGAACAUUAUUACAUGUAUAAAAGUAAAGGAUGCUGGAAACCUUGGCCAGACGCUGUAAAAGCUGCUCAAGUCAAAGAGCAAAUCAACCUUCUACAAACUGUCAUACCUACUUUAGAAACUGAAAAAUAUCUAUUUUUAUUGCAACUUCAUACGAAAUUUUCUAAACCCUUAUUAUUAAUUGGACCAACAGGAACUGGCAAAAGCUUUUACGUCCAAAACUUUUUGAUGUCUGUUAAUUUAGAGAAAUAUACCCCUGGCUUUAUUACUUUCACAACGACCACGUCUGCUAACCAAACCCAAGAUUUAGUUCUCUCUAAACUAGUUAAAAGAAGAAAAAAUAAUUAUGGACCAACAAAAGGAAAACAAGCCAUUAUUUUUAUUGAUGAUAUGAAUAUGCCUGCUAAAGAAGUAUAUGGUGCACAACCCGCUAUUGAAUUAUUAAGAUUAUAUUUUGACCAAAAACAUUGGUACGACUUAAAAACGACAGAAAAGCUUUAUAUUUACGAUACAUUUUUCUAUGGUGCCAUUGGGCCAGUAGGAGGAAGCAGGCAAUUAAUUUAUCCAAGAAUGUUAAGACAUUACAACAUUUAUUCAAUAAACGAGUUCUCAAAAGAAAGCAUGACGAAAAUUUUCACAUCUUUAUUACAACUAGGAUGGAGAAGGAAUGGAUUUGGUCAAGAUACACAACCGAUAAUUGUGAAUAUAAUAGCAGCUACAAUGAGCAUAUAUGACCAAGCUACAGAAGGUUUAAGGCCUACACCUGCUAAGUCACAUUAUAUUUUUAAUCUUAGGGACUUUUCUAGAGUUAUACAGGGUUGUGCUUUAUUAAGAAAAGAAUCUGCAGAUAAUAAAAAAACUUUUACAAGGGUAUGGGUACAUGAAAUCAUGCGAGUAUUCUUUGAUAGACUUGUUGAUGAAACUGAUCGUACUUGGUUUUUUAAUCUUUUACGAAAAUCCACACAAGAAUUCAUGAAAGAUACAUUUGAUUCAGCUUUAGAUACUUAUCAAAACGAUAAAGGAGAAGUUACUCAAGAAAAUAUUAAACAAAUGAUGUUUGGGUGUUAUCUUGAUCUUGACAGUGCCGAAGGAGAGAGAAAAUACGACGAAUUACCAUCAAAAGAGGUAUUUAUGAAUAUUGCAGUUUCUAUGUUGGCAGAAUAUAAUGCAAUGCACAAGGCAAAAAUGAAUAUUGUAUUAUUUGACUAUGCGUUGGAACACUUAUCUAAAAUAUGCAGAUUACUGUCAAUGCCAUCAGGUAAUGCUUUACUUGUAGGUGUAGGAGGUUCUGGAAGACAAUCGCUUACAAGAUUAGCCAGUACAAUAUUAGGCCAACAAGUAUAUCAAGCUGAAAUAACAAAAAGUUAUAGCGUAAAAGAUUGGCAUGAUGAUAUAAAAUUGGUCCUCCGCGAAUCCGGUGGUUUAAAUAAAGAUACGACAUUUUUAUUCACCGAAAAUCAAAUUAAAGAAGAAGUUUUUAUCCAAAACUUAGACAGUUUGUUAAAUUCAGGUGAAGUUCCGAAUUUAUAUGGAUUAGAUGAAAUUCAAGAAAUACUUGAAUUAGUGCGCCUUGCAGCUCAAGGUGGAAAUAGAAAUUUGGAUAUUAGUCCAUUACAGAUUUUAUCUUUUUUUGUCGGCCGAUGUAAGGCCAAGCUACACUGCGUUUUGUGUUUUAGUCCAAUUGGUAGUUCUUUUAGAACCAGAUUACGACUGUAUCCAUCUUUGGUAAACUGUUGUACUAUUGAUUGGUAUGAUAGUUGGCCAGAGGAUGCUUUAGAAAUGGUUGCCCAUCAUUACAUGGGAAAAGUAAAUGUUUCAGAUAAAGUUAAAGCUGCGGCAGUUGUAGCAUGUAAACAAUUUCAUGUAGAUGCACGAGUAAUAGCAACAGACUUUUAUAAUCAAUUCGGAAGGAAGACAUACAUAACAUCAGCUUCAUAUUUAAAUUUAAUCAAAUCAUUUACUAUGUUAACAAACAAAAAACAAAGAGAAUUGAGAGCAGCCAAACUCAGAUAUACAAAUGGUUUAGAUAAACUAGGUCAGGCAGCAGAAGCAGUGGCCAUAAUGCAACGCGAUUUAAAUGCUUUAAAGCCUCAACUUAUAGUGAUGGCAGCUAAGUCAGCAAAAAUGAUGGAAGAAAUAGCAGUUGAAACUGCGACUGCCGAUAAAGCUGCUGCACAAGUGAGAGAGGAUCAAAAAGUAGCUAAUGUUCAAGCAGCAGCUGCUCAAGAACUCAAGAAAGAUUGUGAGGCUGACUUAGCUUUAGCGUUGCCAAUUUUAGAAGACGCCAUUGCUGCUUUAAAUACUCUUAAGCCUGCUGAUAUUACAAUAGUGAAAUCAAUGAAAAAUCCACCAGCUACUGUAAAGUUGGUCAUGGCUGCAGUAUGUGUUAUGAAAGGACUUCCACCCGAUAAGAUACCAGACCCAGAUAACCCUGGAAAAAAAAUUCUGGACUAUUGGGGCCCUAGCAAAAGGGUUCUAGGUGACAUGGGUUUUCUAGAGUCACUAAAAAAUUUUGAUAAGGAUAAUAUACCGGUUGCUACAAUGCAGAAAAUAAGAAAGGAAUAUCUGUCACACAAAGAUUUUAAGCCACACAUAAUUGCCAAAGCAUCCACGGCAGCUGAAGGUUUAUGCAAAUGGAUUAUAGCAAUGGACAUGUAUGAUGCUGUUGCUAAAGUAGUAGCCCCCAAAAAAGCUAAACUAGAAGCUGCUGAAAAAGAAUUCGCUGAAACCAUGGCGAUUUUAGAAGAAAAGAAAGCCACAGUUGCUAGAUUGGAAGCAAAAUUGGUAGAAUUAAAUGAAGCCUUAGAAGAAGCUAAUGCUAAAAAAAAGGCAUUAGAAGAUGAGGUACAGUUAUGUAUAGAUAAAUUAUAUCGUGCUGAAAAGCUUAUUGGAGGGCUAGGAGGUGAAAAAGUUAGAUGGACUAUGGCAGCUGAAAAUUUACAACUCUUAUAUGACAACUUAGCAGGAGAUAUUCUUGUGUCUUGUGGUAUAAUUGCGUAUUUAGCUCCAUAUACCGCGCCGGUAAGAAUAUCAGUGAUAGCACAGUGGCGAGAAUUGACUAUUACUCUUGAAAUGCCACAUUCUGAACAAUUUGUAUUUAAAGAUAUUUUAGGAACAGAUAUUAAGAUACAAAAUUGGUGCAUAGCUGGUUUACCUUGGGAUUCUUUUUCCAUCGAUAAUGGCGUCAUACAAGAUAAUUCUUUACGUUGGUCUCUACUUGUAGAUCCUCAAGGUCAAGCUAAUAAAUGGAUUAAAACCAUGGAAAAAUCAAAUGAUCUACAAGUUAUGAAAUUUACUGACGGUAACUACAUGAAAGUAAUAGAAACAUGUUUAGAGUAUGGCAAACCAGCCUUAAUAGAUUGUAUUUUAGAAGAUGUUGAGCCUCCAUUAGAUCCAAUCUUACUAAAGCAAACUUAUACACAGGGUGGAAAGGAAUUUAUUGCUUUAGGAGAAAACGUCAUUGAAUAUCAUCAAAAUUUUAGGUUAUAUAUGACUACAAAAUUAAGAAACCCACACUAUUUACCUGAAGUAUUCAAUAAAGUUACAUUAAUUAAUUUUGCGUUAACGAAAGAUGGCUUAGAAGAUCAAUUAUUAGGAAUAGUCGUUGCUAAAGAAAGACCAGAUCUGCAAGAAAAGCGUGAAAAAUUGAUUGUUCAAGGCGCAGCAAAUCGCGCAGCAUUAAAACAGACAGAAGACGACAUAUUACGGACAUUACAAGAAUCAAAAGGUGAUAUACUAGAGGAUGAAACGGCAAUCGAAGUAUUGGAUUCAUCAAAGUUACUAGCGAUGGAUAUCAUAAAAAAACAAGAAGCUUCAGUUGAAACUGAAAUUGUUAUUGAAAAGUUUAGACUGGGAUACAGACCUAUAGCUUCUCAUUCAGCUGUACUAUACUAUUGUGUUACUGAGUUGCCGAAUGUAGAUCCAAUGUAUCAGUACUCUUUGACCUGGUUUAUCAAUCUAUACAUAAUUUCAAUUGAAAAUGCGAACAAGUCUAAAGAUUUAGAAAAAAGGUUGAAAUUUUUGAAAGAAACUUUUACAUAUAAUUUAUACAGCAAUGUCUGUAGAUCAUUAUUUGACAAAGAUAAGCUCAUGUUUUCUUUUAUUAUGUGUUCCAAAAUGAUGUUGUCUACUGGUGAAAUGAGUCAUGAAGAAUAUUUAUUUCUUAUAACUGGUGGAAUAGCAGUUGACAAUAUAUUUAAAAAACCCGUCGAUUGGAUACCAGACAAGGGUUGGGAUGAAAUAUGUCGGCUUAAUGACUUACUGGCCUUCAAAGGCAUUAAAGAUAGUUUUAUCAAUGAAACGGAUAAGUGGAAGGAAGUUUACGAUGACAUAGAACCUCAUCGGAGAAAUAUACCAGAUGGUUGGGAUGACAAAGUAACACAAUUUCAAAAACUACUAAUUGUAAGAGUUCUAAGACCAGAUAAGUUAACAUUUGCAAUAACUGAUUUCGUGGAAAAACAAAUGGGACUAAAAUAUAUAACACCACCUCCUUUUGAUAUUGGAAAAUCUUUUGGAGAUUCAAAUUGUUUAGCACCUUUAAUUUUUAUUCUCUCUCCCGGUUCUGAUCCAAUGGGAGCUCUUAUAAAGUACUGUGAAAAAAUGGGUUACUCUAAUAGGUUUAAUUCCAUUUCGUUAGGCCAAGGUCAAGGUCCAAUUGCAAAAGCAAUGAUAGAAAGAGCACAGUUAGAAGGAGGGUGGGUUUGUUUACAAAAUUGUCACUUAGCAGUAUCCUGGUUACCUACUUUAGAAAAAUUAGUUGAAGGUUUUGAUUUGACAAACACCGAUUUAAGUUUUAGAAUGUGGCUCACAAGCUACCCAUCUGAAAAAUUCCCACAGUCAAUACUACAAGUCGGUGUUAAAAUGACAAACGAACCGCCUACUGGCCUUCAACAUAAUUUAUUGAGAUCCUAUCUUUCCGAACCACUAAAAGAGCCUGAGUUUUAUGAAGGAUGCCCUGGCAAAGAUAAAGCUUUUAGUAAGCUUCUUUAUGGCAUAAGCUUUUUUCACGCCGUCGUUCAGGAAAGGAAAAAGUUUGGACCAUUGGGAUGGAAUAUUCAGUACGGUUUUAACGAUUCUGAUUUCCAUAUAUCAGUCAUGCAAUUGCAAAUGUUUUUAAAUCAAUACGAAGAAAUACAAUACGUAGCGAUAAAAUAUUUGACAGGAGAAUGCAAUUAUGGUGGUCGCGUAACUGAUGACUGGGAUAGAAGGUUAAUUGUCACAAUUUUAGAUAAUUACGUUAACGCUGGAGUUGUUAAUGAUCCAAAUUAUCUAUUUUGUGAUUUGGGAAAUCAGUAUGGACUUCCGCGUAGGUGUGAAUAUCAAGAUUAUCUUAAACACAUUGAAUCUGUCCCUGUAAAUCCUCCACCUGAAGUAUUUGGAUUACAUAUGAACGCGGGAAUCACACGUGAUUACUCGAUUUCAAUGGCAUUAACUACUUCAUUCGUUUUAGUGGAAGGCACUAGUGGUGGAGGUGAAGGAGGAAACACAGAGGUUAUAAUUAUGCAAAUGUCUUCAGAAAUACUAUCUAAACUCCCUUCAUCAUUCGACAUAGAAAUUUCCCAGAAAAAAUAUCCUGUAGAUUAUAAUGAAUCAAUGAACACUGUGUUGAUUCAAGAAAUGCAAAGGUUUAACACACUCUUACAUGAAAUAAGAACCUCUUUGAUAGACGUCCAAAAAGCAGUUAAAGGAGUUAUUGUUAUGUCUCCCGCACUAGAUUUACAGUCUCAUGCUAUGAUGCUUGGAAAAAUACCCGCUAACUGGUCAAAAGUUUCCUAUCCGAGCCUCAAACCAUUGCCAAGCUAUGUAGCAGACUUUAUUGAGCGUUUAGCUAUGCUAGAAAGUUGGUAUUUAAAUGGUAAACAUCCAACGUUUUGGCUCUCUGGUUUUUUUUUUACUCAGGCUUUUCUAACUGGUUCUAUUCAAAACUAUGCUCGGGCUAAAAAAAUUCCGAUUGAUUUGUUAAUUUUUGAUUUUGAAGUUCUUCGUGUAGAUUAUAAUCCAACGCCGCCAGAAUAUGGAGUUUAUGUGCAUGGGCUUUUUAUGGACGGUGCGCGGUGGGAUCGAAAGUCUUAUACAAUAGGGGAGCAAUUUCCAAAAGUUUUGAAUGACAAUAUGCCCGCCUUAUGGCUAUAUCCUAAAUUAAAAAAGGAAUUUAUAGAAGGUGACAGGUACAAGUGCCCACUAUAUAAAACUUUAGAAAGAAAAGGUGUCUUAGCAACAACUGGGCACUCCUCUAAUUUUGUACUGGCAUUCUUCUUACCAUCAGACAAACCUUCCGCUCAUUGGAUAAAACGAAGCGUUGCACUUUUACUUCAGUUGGAUAAUUAA